AUGAACGACGGUAACACCGCAAAUUUACAAAUUCCCGCUUCAAAUAAUUUUUUAGAGGUACACAGGAAUUGCGAAAAUGAAACUACUGACAUACGUGCUCAACCCGGCAACAGAGCUGACAAGGGCUCGCUACGUAACGCGCCAAGCGAAGUCGGUGAAAUGCAGACGGCUCCGUAUAGUACCGCCACGGCAUCAGCUGCUAGCCAAGGUGAAAACGACGAGCAGAUUUUGCUUGCUACAGCAUACGUAAAUAUUUUAGAUUCAAACGGCAGGACGGUAAAGUGUCGCGCGUUAUUAGACUCCGCGAGCCAGUCAAACUUUUGUUCGGAAGAACUUUGCAAUAAAUUAAAAUUACCACGCAACAAAAUAAAUAUGCCGGUUAUAGGUAUAAAUAACGCGUCCUGUAGGGUAUCGUCUAAAAUUAAAACAACUAUAAGAUCGUUAAAUGAUGCGUUCCAGGCUAAAAUUGAAUUCUUGGUAAUCAGUCAGAUUACUACAAAAUUGCCGCAAGUUUCUUUCGAUCCUACUUUAAUAAAUAUGCCCGAAAAUAUUACGUUGGCCGAUCCUGAUUUUUUUAAUUCAGAGCCUAUAGACAUUUUAAUAGGAACCGAAAUAUUUUUCCGUUGUUUGAGUAGUGAAAAAAUACUCUUCGGAGACAACGCGCCUAUUUUACAGAACACCAAAUUCGGUUGGGUUCUUGUAGGACCUUUAGAUUUACAUAAAUUAACGACAAACCACCGCACUAAUAACGCAAAUACUAAUUGUUUUUUAACUUUAAAUCAAGAACGCGAUAAAAUGUUGCAUAAUAACGUUCAACAAUUUUGGCAAAUAGAAAAUAUUGAAAAUAAACAAAAUGAAUUAAGUAACGAAGAAUUAGAAUGUGAAAAACAUUUUCGGGAAAAUUACAAAAUCGAUUCCGACGGGCGAUUCAUCGUAAAACUUCCGCUAAAAGAAAAUUAUUUAGCAUUGGGCGAUUCCUAUUCUAUUGCCGUAAAUUGUUUAUUAUCUUUAGAGCGACGUUUAGCAAAAAAACCCGAUUUACAACAACAAUACGCGGAUUUUUUAAACGAAUAUAAGCAGUUAGGACACAUGUCGGAAAUUAAUCCGGAAUUAGAUCAACCUGGAAAGGUGUGCGUAUACUUGAGCCAUCACGCGGUUGUAAAGGAGAGUAGUAGUACUACAAAGGUACGAGUUGUCUUCAACGCUAGUUUAAAAACUGAUUCUGGGCUUAGUUUAAAUGACGUGUUAAAAGUCGGACCGAAAGUUCAACGGGAUGUUUUUGACGUCGUAUUAAGAAUGCGUACUUAUCCAAUAUUAAUCGUAGCGGACAUAGAAAAAAUGUAUCGAAUGAUAUUGAUCGACGAAUCACAACGUAGUUUACAGCGUAUACUUUGGAGAGAUAAUGAAACUAAAGAAAUAAUCCAUUAUCAGUUAAAUACGGUGACUUACGGUACCGCUAGCGCAUCUUUUUUGGCUACUCGCGCACUGCAUGAAAUCGGUCUUAAAAUUAAAGAUUCUAACCCCGAAAUAAGUCAAAUUAUUAUCAAUAAUUUUUACAUGGACGACUUAAUUUUUGGUCAUCAUGACCUUGACAAAGCUAUUGACUUAAAAAUAAAAAUCAACAAAAUUUUAUCGAAAUUCGGAUUUAAUUUGCGAAAAUGGAUUUCCAAUGAUCACCGCGUUCUAGAAAUUUCCGGCUAUACGCCAAACGAAGACUUUGUAUACCAGGGGAAGGCGAAACGAAAACGUUAG